GUGGUUGCGUCUUGUUUAUUCUGCGCACAAUUUACGAAAGUUAUAAAUAGUUUGGCCUUUUAUUAAUAAGAAAACGAGUUAUUAAAAGUUAUACACGCCCGUAAUCUUUAGAUAAAAAGUCGUUUUCAUCACCGCUUCCUUCUUGAAAAGACGCAUCAGAAUAGUUGGAUUGUUGGUGAAAGUUGAGAGUUGCCCUCUGCUCUGCGCAAACAUGCACACCCCUUUGUGAGCGCGCGCACACCCAGGCACACAAACACACGAGUUCCCCUCUGAGCUCAAAAGCUGGAAAAAUUGCGCCACUCUUGGAGCGUCUUUCAAGGGAGGAAAAAAAAGUUGAGGAAGACAGAAGAGGACGAGCCAAGGGGAGACUCGGAUGAAAGCGCCUCCUUCGCACUUUCUCCGCGCGCUGUAAACAGACACUUAUUUAUGCGCAUAAAUGAAACAAACCUAAAGGCAGCGCCGCGUCUCUUUUUUUGGAUACGCGCGGCGUGUAGGAGCUCCUCCAUGAGACGCUCACGUUUACGGACAGAAAGUUCACCGCCGCUGGAGCUCGAGGUUGUCUGAGUUUGAGCCGUGAGCGCGGCUUCUGAGGACGGUGGGAUUUAUUUCCUCACUUUACAAGAAAACGCCGACGGUUUGGAGACAGAAAAAAAAAUCCCUGUCCCGUCCAGUGACCGCAGCUGAACAGUGACCUCACAGCGCCACAAUGGAGUCCCACUGCCGCAAACUGGCCACCACCUGCGCACAAAUAGAAAAAGAAAAAAUACAAAAUAAAAACGACGAUUCCUCUGACGACCCGUCCAAGAAGAAGAGGCAGCGGCGGCAGAGGACUCACUUCACCAGCCAGCAACUGCAGGAGCUGGAGGCCACCUUCCAGAGGAACCGCUACCCGGACAUGAGCACCAGGGAGGAGAUAGCCGUGUGGACCAACCUCACAGAGGCCAGAGUCAGGGUUUGGUUCAAGAACAGACGAGCCAAGUGGAGGAAACGGGAGAGAAACCAGCAAGCCGAGCUGUGUAAGAACGGCUUCGGCCCGCAGUUCAAUGGACUCAUGCAGCCGUACGACGACAUGUAUCCCAGCUACACGUACAACAACUGGGCCGCCAAGGGCCUCACGUCCGCCUCCUUAUCCACCAAAAGCUUCCCCUUCUUCAACUCCAUGAACGUCAACCCUUUAUCCUCGCAGACCAUGUUCUCGCCGCCCAACUCCAUCUCCUCCAUGACCUCCAGCAUGGUGCCAUCCGCGGUGACCGGCGUGCCGGGAUCCAGCCUGAACAGCCUCAAUAACUUGAACAACCUCAGUAACCCUUCCCUCAACUCUGGGGUGCCCACGCCGGCGUGCCCCUACGCGCCGCCGACCCCUCCCUACGUGUACAGAGACACUUGUAACUCCAGCCUGGCCAGCCUGAGACUGAAAGCCAAGCAGCACUCGAGUUUUGGAUACGCCGGGGUUCAGAAUCCAGCCACCAAUCUGAGCGCUUGCCAGUACGCGGUGGACAGGCCGGUCUAAUUGCUACCUGCACUGCAAAAAAUCGCCACCGAGCUGACAUGUUAGAGGACAAAGCAUUUUUAACCCCACAAAAGAUCAUUUUGAACUGUUUGAAGUAUUAAAGGGAAUUUACUGCUCGCCUGGUAACCAUCUCCCCCAAGACUCAACUUUUCCAUCAAAUUAUGAGAAAAAUGUGAUUUAAUUCGCUCUUAUUGACUUUCAUUCAUUUUCACGCAGGGAAUCUGAUUUAGAGGGUUAUGUUUGUGACGGUGGUUAUUUUUUGCAGUGUGUGGAUAAUUAAUAGCAGCCGUCCACAGAAACAAGAGACUACUACAGCUACUUUUCUCUCUCUCUUUUUUUUUCUUUCGAAACAAGGGCACUAGAAGACUGAACCACUGAAACACACUCAGCUCCUCCUCGGAGUCAAACUGAACCGGGAGUUUUUUGAGUUUCUUCCUCUCCGAUGAGCGAUGGCCUCAUUCACUGAGUUAAAAAAA